GAGGCCCUGCGUUUACAUACAGGUUACUCCACCGAAUUGAUUCAUGUGUGAAAUUUGUCAAACAAAUUUGCCCAAGAAACAUGACGGAUAUCUGCGAGAAGGAUACUGAAAAAGACCGUCGAAUUUGGGAUGUACUCUGCGGCAUGCUCGAUUGCGUGCAUUCUGGACUGGCUCCCGAAGCGGUCCGCAUUUGCAUGCAGUUGAUGGGGAAUGGGGUCCAGCCGAAGCAAUUGGCGGAAAUCAUCAGGACACUGAAGGAGGAAGCAUCACUGCCGGUGAUGGAAGUCGAAUCGGGGACUGUGACACCGGAAGAUACCGAAACGGAGAGUGAUUCUUUAACAAUUGCCAGCAACGAAUUGAGCUCUGACUUGAUUGGCAAUCAAGGACUGGACGCAGACUCGAGCUCCAACACUGUUCUGGAGAUAGACGAAAUGGCCAGCAACGAAUUGAGCUCUGACUUGAUUGGCAAUCAAGGAUUGGACGCAGCCUCGAGCUCCAACACUGGACUGGAGAUAGACGAAAUUCCCAGCGAAGGUUUGGCCGAAACUUCAUUAAAUGUCACGGAAUUGAACCCAACAUCGACUGAAGACUCGAUCACCAUUGAAGAAUCUUCCAAAAGCUCAAUCAUCAGUGAAGAAAUUAACCAGGAAUCGAACUCAGAUUUGGGCGCAAAGAACGCAAAGAACGAAAAGAACGAAAGAAUCUUAAAGAGAAUUAAAAACCCAAAAUUGAAAAGCGCAAUAGAAGAUAUUAUCUAUGAUUUGUCUGAUUAAAUUCACUUAAAAUUUA